GAAACUGUCUGCAUCAGAAGUAAGCUUCCGGACACCUUGCUCCCUCCCCCAUUUGAUUUAGAAAGCUAGUUUCCUUCUGCCUUGUGGUCUUCAUUUCAAAUUCUACAGAAGACACCUUACUUUAACUACAGCUACAAACCAACGGGUUGUCACUGUACAUGGUGUAAAUGUACACCAGUGAUGUCGUUAUUGACAGUUUCAGUUCUGCACUGCUUCCCCGUGCACUUUAUUUAUUGAGAGAUUAACAUCCAUCAACUGUGACGUUCCGUUCUCUGGGUGGUUCCUCAAGUUGUGGUGGCAAGUCAAUCGGAAGCUGGGUGUGUGCCACCUGAAAUUCACCGUUGAUACUUCUUUGAUCUGAUCUGUAGUUAUUGUCCCAUCUUCUGCCUCUCAGGCUGGAUUUUGGACUGCUAAAACGAGGAGCGGACUGGAUCAUGGGGAAUGCUGCUGGAAACCCGGAUAUGUUCCAGGCCCGGGAUGCAAGAGGACAAUUGUCUUCUGGGACUCCAACACAAAAACAGAAAGAAGGGACACCUCCCAAACUACCAAGGCCUAAUUCAGUAGAACUGGAACAGAGAUUUAACGUGGUUUUGGACGCCAUGAAUCUUCCCCCAGACAAGAUCCAAGUGCUUCGCCAAUAUGAUCAAGACAAGAAGUGGGAACUAGUAUGUGAUCAGGAGCGCUUUCAAGUGAAGAACCCACCAGCAGCCUAUAUCCAGAAACUGAGGAGCUACCUGGACACAGGAGGAAUCAGUAGAAAGUUCAAGAAACGGGACCAGGAAUCCACUCAGGUACUGAGAGAACUGGAGAUCUCCUUGAGGACCAAUCAUAUUGGAUGGGUAGAGGAAUUUCUGAGCCCAGAGGUUGGAGGACUGGAUGCAUUGGUGGAAUAUCUGUCCUAUGCUCAGGGUUCUUUCCCAAUUGACAUGGAAUGUUCUGACAAUGGAACCCCAGAGAAGUCCAAAUCAUUGCAGCGUUCCCUAGAGGACAUUAACAAGAGCAGUUCAUCUCCAUCGCCCACAAAUACUCCAUCUCGGUCAAGAAAUCUUACACCCAGAUACAACCUGCACAGUCGGGCUACAAUGAGAAAUACCAAACAUGCAAAUAUGAAAGAUGAUGUCCAUGUGUGUAUCAUGUGUCUGAGGGCCAUCAUGAACUACCAGUCAGGGUUCAGCAUGGUGAUGUCACACUUAUCAUGUGUCAACCACAUCACCCUCAGUCUCAGCAAUAAGAAUCCUCGCACCAAGGCCCUUGUUCUGGAGCUCCUAGCUGCUAUCUGUUUGGUCCGAGGUGGACAUGAGUUAAUACUCUCGUCUUUCAACUAUUUUAUGGAGGUGUGCGGGGAAGGUGUUCGCUUCGAAAAACUCAUGGAAUAUUUCCAGACAGAAGAUUCAAGCAUUGAUUUUAUGGUGGCAUGCAUGCAGUUUAUCAAUAUUAUUGUACAUUCAGUGAAGAACAUGAAUUUCCGGGUCUUCCUGCAGUACGAGUUUACCCUCCUGGGACUAGAUGACUAUCUGGAGAUUCUCAAGCACACCGAGAGUGAGCGACUCCAGGUUCAGAUCCAGGCCUAUCUUGAUAACAUUUUUGAUGUGAACAGUCUCAUGGAAGAUACAGACACUAAGAAUGGAAUGCUGGAACAAGUUGAGGUCCUUCAAGAACACUUAACCCAUGUUACAGAGAAACUGCAGCAAACAGAAAAUGAAUAUGUGAGGAGAGUGGCUGAAUUGGAAAAACAACUAGAUCAAUGCCGCCGUGAGCUGAUCGCUGCAAAGGACAAUCUUCUUAUACAACCACCCCAUUUGACCCAGAAUACUGUGCAAAAGACAGAACCUGUGAAACUUGGAGUUCUUUGGAUGGAACCAGCAGGAGAUACUUGCACAGAGGACAUUUCUGACAACAAAGUCCCCUCUGAUCCACCAUCUGCUGCCAGUUCCCCUCCAUUGUCCCCAUCCGCUAUCAGAAUCACACUGAUAUCGCCUUCAGUAAAAAGUACAGAUGUUUUACUCAGCACAGCUGGUUCUCCUAGAUCCACUGCACCACCUCUUCUCCCUCCCUCUCUAAUAGAAUCAGAGGUGCUCCCAAUCCCUGCCCACUCUCCAAUGCCUAGUUCAGAAGAAUCACCUGUCACUGCCCCCACUCUACUUCUGGAGUCUCAGGUCACACCAGUUCCACUCCCUCCACCUGUAAGAGACCAGAUUCACACUUCUUCUACUCAGUUCCUUUCUGGAACACAUGACGAAAGACCAUCUCCUCCACCUCCUCCACCUCUUCCAUCAUCAGCUGAACCACCCCCUCCCCCACCUCUACCUAAAUCAGAUGAUAUUCCACCUCCUCCACCUCUACCUGAAACAUCAGGAAUACCACCACCACCACCUCCUCCCCCAAUGGGGACAUCAGGUGUUCCACCUCCUCCUCCCUUAAUGGGGGCAUCAGGUAUUCCACCUCCUCCUCUCUCUGGCUUUGGACCUGGCCCACCACCACCUCCAGGAGGUCAACCAGCAGCCACAUUAAACACAGGCAUGAGUAUUAAGAAGCCAAUACAAACCAAGCUAAGGAUGCAAGUACUCAAUUGGGUGGCAUUGAAACCAACGCAGAUCAAUGGGACAGUCUUCACGCAUCUGAAUGAUGAGAAGGUGUUGCAGGAACUUGAUAUGAGUGACUUUGAGGAAAACUUUAAAACAAAGGCCCAGGGUACAAGUCAGACCACAUUCUCUAUGAAGGUCAAGGCUGCUCAAAACCAGCCAAACAAGGUGUCCCUUAUUGAAACAAAUCGGGCUAAGAACCUGGCGAUCACUCUAAGGAAAGGAGGUCUGAAUCCCGAAGCCAUUACCACUGCAAUCCAAAAGUUUGACAUGCAAGCUUUUAAUAUGGAUUUCCUGGAGCUCCUGGCCCGAUUCCUGCCUACAGAUUGGGAGAGGCAGCAGAUCGCGAAAUACUGCCGCGAUCAGAAGCCCCUUGAUGACCUAACUGCAGAGGAUCGUUUCAUGGUCCAUCUUUGCUCCAUCCCCAGGCUGGCUGAGAGAGUUAACACCAUGACAUUCAUGGCCAACUUCCCUGAUAUGGCCUCACGCCUUAAACCACAAUUAGACUCUUUGAUAGCUGCCUCCAUGUCAAUCAAAUCCUCUGAAAAACUAAAAGGGAUUUUGGAGCUGGUCCUGGCUUUUGGGAAUUACAUGAACAGCAGUAAGAGAGGUGCAGCCUAUGGAUUCCGUCUGCAGUCACUUGAUGUGCUCCUGGAAACAAAGUCCACUGAUCGCAAACAGACCUUGCUACAUUAUAUGAUACGCGUGAUCCAUGAGAAAUAUUCCCAUUUAUCCAGCUUCCAUUCUGAUCUGCACUUUAUGGACAAGGCUGCCACAGUCUCUCUGGAUGCUGUGUUGGCUGAUGUCAAAUCUCUGCAGGCUGGGAUGGAACAGGCACAGAAGGAAUUUACGAAGCAGGAGGACUGUCUUAUUCUAAAUGACUUCAUCAAAUCUAAUAUGGAAGGAUUGAAGCAACUUGCCGCAGAUGCUAAGACUGCUCAGGAAGCCUACGAUGCUGCUGUUGGAUACUUUGGGGAGAACAGCAAGACCACUCCUCCAUCAACCUUCUUCCCCAUCUUUGUGCGCUUCGUUAAAGCUUAUAAGCAAGCUCAGCAGGACCUGGAAAUGUGGAAGAAGCAGGAGUCUGUAGUCCAAGAAGUGAAGCCAGAGUCUGCUGGAAAACAAGUACCACAGUCCCCAGUAGUUAAAAGUCCUCGACCGCAGGUAAAUCUAAUGGCUGAACUGAACAAAAAACUGCAGACAAAGGAACCGCGCGUUUAUGAGCAGAACUGGGCCAUAGAAGACAUUAUCACUGAUCUCAGGAACCAGCCCUACAGACGGACAGACGUUGGAAGGCGAAGUGGAAAGAAGCAGAACACUGGGCCACUAGUGAACACUCCUGAUAUACAAGUCUAGGAAACAAUUUAAGGAUCAAGGAAAUGAACUGAAUCUAUUGACUGUGGACAUUAACGGGAAGGCUGAAAUCCCUGUCCUCUACUGGAAACCAAAGGACCGGAAUGUACAACAUCAUCACAGUACAUCUGCCAAAACACUGGAGUAUUUUAUAUAUAAAAAAAAAAAAUAUGGUGUUUAAAUAAAUUAUACAAAGAUUUCAGGCACAACUGAGGGAAAAAGCUUUUCAUUAUUCAACUGCAUACGGUACUCUUCCAAAACAAUACAUCCAAAGCCUUGUGUAGACUGUAUGUAUAUUUAACAGAGUGCAAGCUCUGCAACCUAUUAAACUGUGUUGCCAGUAACUGCACUGCUAAAUGAGCCAGGCUAGCUGGGACAAGUCAAGUGCCUGAAACUCAACUCUUUCUGCUUCAUUGGCCAGCAAUGAUCUAUGGAGUAUGAAAUGUGUACAUAUGGACAAAGAAGAAAAUACAUUUAAGUGGAUCUGACUCCUGGCUGUAAUGUCUUGUGCCCAAGGUUAGUCAACAUGAACAUGAAAGAAGACUUUCAAUUUAUAAACUUUUUAAAACAUUUUUUUGUAAAACUUUGUAUUGAGUAUUAAAAUAUUAAUGGCAGA